AUGGAGAAAGGCGAUGACUUGAUGGAGACGUCUCUGGCGGAUGAUUCACUGACUGGAGUGUUGGAUGAAAUAUUCGACCGUGCUUAUUCUGUUACUGUUACAAUCGGAUCAGAUAUGCUGAGAGGAGCUCUGUUUCGGUUUCCUCCGGUCGGUGAAGAUAAAAAAGCGGUUAUGAUUGUGAAUAGCCUUAAGAAUAAGAGGCAGUGGUGGAUGACAGAGAGCGAUGUAGCAGAGAAAAAGAAGAUUCACAACAGUGAGGAUGACUUGAUGGACACGUCUCUAGUGAACAGUGUUCAUCUGGUUUUACCCAUUUUUCCUUACAGGGUUUUAGACACGUGA